AGAAGCGAGGCAAGUGGGAUGAAGGCGUGGGAGUAGCCGCCCUGAAGCCUAACCUUCUCCCAGGAGCCAUCCCCGCCUAGCCCCGCUCGGGCAAGAGCCUGGAGAGCUAGCCCAUCUGUGGCAUCAGUGGCCGCCUCCUCCUUGCACCUCCUCGCCGACCCCUCCCUCCCGGGACCUGCAUCCCGCUCCGCCAAUCAGAGUCCGACUGCCGCUUCCCACGUGACCCCGGGCGGGCUAAGGACCUGCUGCUUCCCAAACGCCAGAGGGAUGCGGGCGGCAGAGCGCGAGAGGCGGCGGCUGGGCUGCGGGGCGCUGUGACUGUCCCUCCACCCAGUCUCGUCGCGCGCCUCCGUUCUGCCCGCCGGCUGCCUCCUCUUUACAUCCUGCUUUCAGUCUCCUGCUCCUCCUUUGCCCCGACCCUGUUCCGUAUGGCAGCAGCUCCCUGCGUCUGGGGCGCAGCCUCUCAGCGGACUAUCAAUUCGCUCCCCGGGCUGAGCCGGGUCACUGGAUGUUGCUGAAACUACGGAGAUCAUGCGCUCGUUUGGCCGCAGCCUCACCUCCGGCUGUCCCUGCCGCCGCCUCCUCCGCUGCCGCGGUCCGCGGGAUGCUCAGUAGCCCGCUGCGUGGCCCCCGCGACCCCGUGUUCCUCAGAAGCCGUUGCUUGCUGCAGAGUUGCGCGAAGUAGUCAUGGUGCUGUGGGAGUCCCCGCGGCAGGGCAGCAGCUGGACACUUUGCGAGGGCUUCUGCUGGCUGCUGCUGUUGCCCGUGACGCUGCUGAUCGUAGCCCGCCCGGUGAAACUCGCCGCUUUCCCUACCUCCCUAAGUGACUGCCAGACGCCCACCGGGUGGAACUGCUCCGGUUAUGAUGACAGAGAAAAUGAUCUCUUCCUGUGUGACACCAACACCUGUAAAUUUGACGGGGAGUGUUUAAGGAUUGGAGACACUGUGACUUGCGUCUGUCAGUUCAAGUGCAACAGCGACUACGUGCCUGUGUGUGGCUCCAAUGGAGAGAGCUACCAGAAUGAAUGCUACCUGAGGCAAGCUGCCUGCAAACAGCAGAGUGAGAUUCUCGUGGUCUCGGAGGGAUCCUGUGCCACAGAUGCAGGAUCAGGAUCUGGAGAUGGAGUCCAUGAAGGCUCUGGAGAAACCAGUCAGAAGGAGACAUCCACCUGUGACAUUUGCCAGUUUGGUGCAGAGUGUGAUGAAGAUGCUGAGGAUGUCUGGUGUGUAUGCAACAUUGACUGUUCUCAAACCAACUUCAAUCCCCUCUGUGCUUCUGAUGGGAAAUCUUAUGAUAAUGCAUGUCAAAUCAAAGAAGCGUCAUGUCAGAAACAGGAGAAAAUUGAAGUCAUGUCUCUGGGUCGAUGUCAAGAUAACUCAACUACAACCACUAAAUCUGAAGAUGGGCAUUACGCAAGAACAGAUUAUGCUGAAAAUGCUAACAAAUUAGAAGAAAGUGCCAGAGAACACCACAUCCCUUGUCCGGAACAUUACAACGGCUUCUGUAUGCACGGGAAGUGUGAACACUCCAUCAACAUGCAGGAGCCAUCUUGCAGAUGUGAUGCGGGUUAUACUGGUCAACACUGUGAGAAGAAAGACUACAGUGUUCUCUAUGUGGUCCCUGGUCCUGUCCGAUUCCAGUAUGUCUUGAUUGCAGCUGUGAUUGGAACAAUUCAGAUUGCUGUCAUCUGUGUGGUGGUUCUCUGCAUCACAAGGAAAUGCCCCAGAAGCAACAGAAUUCACAGACAGAAGCAAAAUACAGGGCACUACAGUUCAGACAACACAACAAGAGCGUCCACAAGGUUAAUCUAGAGGGAGCAUGUUUCCCAGUGGCCGGACAACCGACAGCUUGGACUACACAGUACAGUAUUAGAGACAAAAGAAUAAGACGAGAUCUACACAUGUUGCCUUGCGUUUGUGGUAAUCUACACCAAUGAAAACAUGUACUACAGCUAUAUUUGAUUAUGUAUGGAUAUAUUUGAAAUAGUAUACAUUGUCUUGAUGUUUUUUUCUGUAAUGUAAAUAAACUAUUUAUAUCACACAAUAUAGUUUUUUCUUUCCCAUGUAUUUGUUAUAUAUAAUAAAUACUCAGUGAUGAGAAUAAAAUGGCAUUCCUAAA